CACAGAAUCCAAAGCAGUCUCCAGGCUCCGAGCUGUCAGCACAGAGCAGGGCUCAAACUUGUGGACCGUGAGAUCAUGACCUGAGCCGAAGUCGGACGCUCAACUGCCUGGGCUACCCAGGCGCCCCUUCACUCUAAACAUCUAAACAGGAACCCUCCACAAAUACAGAUGUGCCAUCUUGUUUUGCAAAUUUUAAAUCUGCUAUUGUUGCUUCCCUAAAUUUAAUGGAGUUGAAAUGAUUAGUAUUCCUUUAUACCACAAUCACAGCUGGCUUCCCCAGGAAUAUCAGAUAUGCAUAAAUGGUACAAAGUAUCUUGAAGGGCCUGCUGAUUGUUCAGCCUUAGUCACUUUUUAAGUUUAAACUUAGCGAGGGCAGGUUGAUGGUUAUUUAAUUGUGCUAGAUUGUGGUAAGUCUUCCUGUUUGCAGACAGAAGCCCCUCUUUCUAAAUCUGACCAUCCUCGAUAACUUAUACAAUCCAGAUUCUUAAAAAAAAACAAACUAUAUUUACAUGAGCAAAUUUAGAAACUACUACUUUAUGUUAAGAGUACACAUUUAAAUAUAUGGAAAUUGUUUCUUCUAGAAAAUUAUGUCUAGGCCAGUGAUGAUAUGUAGUGGCCAUUAAAUAUAAUUUCUAAAAUUCUACUUCUUGUAGUUUCUUUUAUUCCUGCAUACUACCUUCAACUUAUAUAUGUAUGUACAUGUGUGUAUAUAUUUAUAUUUUCUGUAUUUGCAGUAAAAGCUGAAUAUUAGUUGUGUCCUUUUACUUAGCAUUGUAAAUGAUUGAAUAUAUUUAAAUAAUAUAAACAAUUGUCACUUAAUUUUUUUAAUUUUAGUUUUAUUGUUUAAAAUUUUUUAUUUUAGAGAGCAGGGGAGAGGGACAGAGAGAGAGAUAGAGAGAGACAGAGAGACAGAGAGACAGAGAGACAGAGAGAGAAUCCCAAGUGUGCUCCAUGCUGCUGCAGGGCUUGAUUCCACAAUUUUGGGAUCGUGACCUGAGCCGAAAUCAAGAGUCAGAGGCUCAACCGACUCAGUCACCCAGGUGACCCACGUGUCACUUAAUUUUGAUUCAUUUGACACGUGGUUACUUACAGAUUAAUUGAGGCUUGAUUUUUUUCACAUAAACAAUAAUUAUUAUUAGUAAGUCUUGGUAGAGACUAAGCUUUAGUGACGGGUUAACCAAAUUGCUUUUGCAAAAGAACAUGCAAGGAGAAAAUUUUAGAGGGGAUUAAGCAAAAACAGAAUGUUAGUGGAAGGGAUAAUUUAACCAUAACAACCUGCCAUACUAGAAUUCUUAAGAUGUUACUAUCCUAUAGAUAGCAUUUUUUUAUUUGGUUCUAUAUUGCAAAAGUGUUAGUUUUAAGCUGCAUUCUAGGCCACCAAUCUAUAGUGAGAUAAAUACUGGAAUAUAUGCAACUAUGAAUUUAGCUCAGUGGAUCUCAACUGGGGAUGAUUUUGUUCCUUCCCCCAACCUCACUCUUGGGACAUUUGGCAAUGUCUAGAGACAUUUUUGGUUGUCACAACUGUGUGUGAGGUCAUGGUACCUGUCAUAUAGUAAUGGAGGCCAGGGAUGCUCUUAAAUAUCCUACAAGGCACAGGACAACCCCAACAGUAAAGAAUUAUCCAUUUCAAAAUGUCAGUACUGCUGCUGAGAAAUCCUGCAAGAUAUAACUUUUUUCUUUCUUUCUUUUUUUCUUUUUUUUUUUUUUUUUGGUGUUUUAGAGAUUGAGGUGGUAGUUGCAAGUGGCAAGCACCUUACUUGAACAAAAGAUUGUGUUCAACUGCUUUUAGUUUGUUGGAGAACUGAGCUAAUUUGGUUCAUUUAUUGCAAGGAAAAGAAUUUUUGUAGCUGAUGGCUUUGUAUUUUUUUUUUGUUUUGAUUGCCAGUAUGUCUAAUGUUUUUGGUUUGUUUUCAGCCAUGAUUUUUUUUCUUGAUAAAAUUAAUUUUGGCAUUAUGCAAUCCUGGGUUGUAUCAGAUUUGCUAGUAUGAGUCUCCUUCAUAUUUUGAAUUAACUAUCUCAGUUACGUGGUUGUUUAUUCACUUCAAAAAUCCUUUCACAUUCAUUUUGAUUUGCGAUUUUCAUGAACACCCCAUGAAAUGUGCAGAGCAUGCAUUACCCUUACUAUUUGCCAGAUGAGGGAACAGAUCAAAUGAUUUGCUGUAUACAUUACAGCAAGUUAGGAAUGAAAGCAAAUUUAGGACUCUCAGAGGUUUUGAUGCUUAGGACAUUUUUAAAGUUACUAGUUGUUGUUUUCUCAUUUGAUUUUCCUGGCUGUCCUUUGAAAACUGGUAACUUAAGGUCACCCAACUCAUAAUGUAGUUUUGACCAUUUCCAGUGACCUAUGCUGCUUCUCCAGGUAUUCUCUAAUAAGUAUAUUUGACAGUUUCUGGAUAAAUUCACCAAAUCCAUGCUUAACCUAAGUAGGUUUCUUAACACUAUAAGGGAGGAAAAUUUCUCCAUCCUCUUUGGUUCUCAUUCUGGGCCUAAGUAUUAAACUGAUAUGACAGAUUGAUAGUCGAAAAACAUACAAAUUUUAUUCAACUUACUUGUACAUGGGAACCUUAGAUGAAGACCUAAAGUAGUAGCCGGGACAGGAAGCUUUUAUACAUUUUAGACAAAGAAACAAUAAAUUUGUGAAGAAUUGACAAGACCAGAGGAGUUUGGGCCAGGGGUAGUAAAUGGUGAAGAAGUAACUAGGAAGAUAAGGAUUAGUUGAAUAGGAUUUCUUUGUAUAGGUUUCUCCACCUCCAGUUCUCCCCCACCCCUCCCACCACCAUCUCUGCUGAUAAGAAUACUUUUCACAUGGGAGUUUUAUCUUUUGCUUUCAGGAGGGAAAAAGGAGAGUCAUAACGUCCUUGCACCUGCUGUUUCUUAAAUAUCUUUGAUUCAAAAUAAUCAGAAUAUCAAAAUGGCGUAUGUGGGGGGGGGAGCAUUCUGGUGUCCUGCAACACCUGUCAGAUGUUCAUGUUGUCACUUGAAUGAAUAGGUAAUUCAGUGUUUGUAAUCCUGUGAUUGGACUUGAGUGGAAACUUCGCUGAAUUUUGAUAAACCAUAAGGUAGUGCUACUUGCUAUUUAGAAUUUAUUGUUCGAGCAGUCUGAGUCCAAAAGCAGACUGAAGAGAUGGCUCUCAGCUGUAUUUGAGUAUAUUUGGGUGAGGCAGCCUACUCGGCAUGAUUCAUUUUGCCUUUCUGAUGAGUGAUGUAUAUUUGGGAUAGUACCUCCGUUGGUUCUAAUUUUUAAAUUAGAAACCUAUUAUUCUCUUUAGCCAGUGCCAUCUUCUAUGUCACAUUUGAGGCUGUUUCUCUUAACUUUUUCAAAAAGACUAUAUACUCAAAUAUUUGAUGAGCUUUCAUGUUUGAAGAUUAUUUGAUGAUAUUCAAUUCUUGAUGUAAGUUUCAGUAAUCAAAAAAAUUUUUUUAAUAUCCAGAAGUGGAAUUGGUGGGGCAUACGGUAGUUUUAUUUUUAUGUUUUCUUAAGGAAUCUCCAUACUGUUUUCUAUAGUGGCUGCACAAAUUUACAGUCCCAGCAACAAUGCACAAGAGUUCCCUUUUCUUCACAGCUUUGCCAAUAUUUAUUAUCUCUUGUCUUUUUGAUGAUAGCCAUUCUAACAGGUGUGAGGUGAUAUCUCAUUGUGGUUUUGCUUUGCAUUUCUCUAACAAUUAGUGAGACUGAGCACCUUUUCAUGUUCCUGUUGGCCAUCUGUAUGUCUUCUGUGGAAAAAUGUUUGUUCAGUUACUCUGCCCAUUUUUAAAAUCAGAUUGUUUUAAUGAAGGGCAGUUGGCACACAGUGUUUAAUUAGCUUCAGGUGUAACAGCAUAGUGCUUCUGCAACCCUAUACAUCGUGCUGUGCUUACCACAGUUGUCACUAUACAAAGCUACUACAAUACCUUGACUAUAUUCCUCAUGCUGUACCUUUUAUCCAUGGGACUUACUCAUUCUAUAACCAGAAGCCUGUACCUCCCAUUCCUUUCCCCCAAUCUCCCAUCCUUCUGGCAACCACCAGUUUGUUCUCUGUAUUUGUGCAUCUAUAAUUGGAAAUUUUAAUGUUUCGUAUAAUACAUCCACUGGCUGAAUGUGGACAAUUGAUAGAGUGAAAUUGUGGGUCUUGGAUUAAGAAGGAAAGGAAAAAGACCUUCGUCCGUGCAAUUGUGUAUUGGGCAACAAGGACUAUAAUUAUAUUGAAAAGGUGAAGAUUUUCAAUUUUCCGUAAAACUGAAUUGUCCUGACAAAAUAUUUUUCUUAUCUCCAUGAAGAAAAAUGCCAUAUCCAAGUGGACAUAAUAUUGUAUUACUGAGGGGAGAGACCACCACUGACGUGUAACUGAAGCCGGGCUGGAUUCCAUACUUGCUAAGCAAGGGAGAGCUCUAUGUGCAGAAUAUAAUCCUCCAAACAGGCAGAGAUGUACGUAGAUAGGGUUUUGAGGAAGCAUGGAGUUGUAGGAUUGGCAUAUUUUCAGUGAGACAGUUUAAGGAUUGGCCAACUUGAAACUUGGGGUUUAGGGUCUGGCUGGUGCUGAGGAGCAAGUGUCCUGAAGCAAGGCAGUUGCCGCUCGGCUGACUUCCUCAGCUGAGUACUUACGUGGAAAUGUUGAGUAGAGUUGAAGGGUUGAUACAUUGGGGCAUAUUUACAACCGGUUCUGUGAUUACUUGUUCCCAGCUUGGGACAAGAGCCAAAGAAUAAUCUUUUCCUUUCUCGAAGCUGGAGAAUAGGUACUUUUUAUUUUCCACAUUUGUGUCAAACAUUUGUUAGCAAUCGCGCUAAUAUACACUUUGAUUUUGCUUUCCUUCUGAAACUUGUAAAAAAAGAAAUGAGUGCAGUGAAUGUAAUUUGUUUCCUAUCUACCAGUCUCAGGAUUAUAUGUUAUUUGGGACCCAGGCUGCUUCAAGGAUUAUUUUGAUAUAUAGUUAAAAAGGAUUAAUUAAAAGGAUUUACUGUAUAUCUUAUGACUCUUUACUGGAGCCUUAGGAGAUAGAAGAAAAUGCCAUGCUCCUGUGAAGCAUAAGAAUAUGUCAGCAGCUGCUAAGAAAUUGAUAGGGGCAGGGUGUACCUGGGCCAGCACUGCCCUCAUUGUAGCCAUAUUUAUUGAAGAUCUCAGAGAGUUGUGAAAGCAAAGACGACAAAAUGAACUGAGAUUUCAGAAAUGGAAGAGCCCGUAUGAGCUAAGAAUACUGACAGUCAUUUUUCCUAAGUGUAUUUGCCCAAAAUGGACACUGGCUAAAGAUCAAGCUUGCUAUGGAGAUAAAGAUGAAUGCCAUGUCUCAUCCAACACUGAAAAUUUGAAGUUUAGAAGACAUUUACUAAGUCAAAUCACCUCAAGGACAUUGUUAUUCAAGUCAAAAACAUCAUAAUGCAGAAUUUUUUAUCAAUACCACCAAAAGAUCAACAAGGUGAGUCCAACAUCUCUUCUGGAACAAUUCAGAGUGGGAAAGGUUUGCAGAAUAAGAGUCAGUUUAGGACCAUUGCGCCAAAAAUCAUGCCCAAAGUCCUGACAUCCAGAGUGCUGCCGUGCCCUUCAUCAUCACUCUCUGAUCAGGUGAAUCCAGGACCCUCCAUCAACGCCAAGCCUCUGGGGGUGCCCACCCAAAAUUACGCUCUGAUGCAGGUUGCUGGACAGGAGGGGACGUUUUCUCUCGUCGCUCUGCCACAUGUCGCCUCCACUCAGCCAAUCCAGAAACCCAGACUGGCGCUGCCUGAAAAUCUGAAGCUGCCUAUUCCUCGAUACCAACCCCCAAGAAAUAACAAAGGAUCGAGAAAGAAACCCACUCGGAGUUCCUCUGAGAGUGGUGCUGGCAUACCUCCUGCCCAAACCCAAACGUCCCCCUCCCCACCUGACCGUCCCAAACCCCCACACAGACCUGGGGAAUCAGAGCAAGUGCUGUCACUAGACCCAGGCCCGUCCAGCAUCAGCAUGGCGGCACUGACCAACCAUGGUGGCCCCGGAGACUCUCCACCCCCAGGGACCAACGACCAUGGAGAUCUGAACCCUUCUGCCACCCCGAUGGUAUCCACACCAGAAGAGCCCUCAGCCAAGCCGGGCCUCGCAGUGACUCCAGGGAAAGCAACCUUGGCGAGUGAGGAAACCUGCAGUAAACCUUCUCCCGUUGCCAGUGGGAAACGGAGAGAACAAGCUGAUCUUACAAAAGCCAUGACCAUUUUAUCACCAGCUGUUUUCAGCAGUGCAGUUCAGCUGAUCUCUCCAGUCCCCAGAGGUAAACUGCCCAUCCUGCCCUAUGCCAGAGGGAGAACAGUGGAGGUGUGUGGAGGCCAGUCAGACAUGAGCCUCACAGAUGGCUCUGUGCCCGGGCUCAGGGCAGCCUGUGGUAAGGCAUCCUCCAUCCCAGAGGGCUUUACUGCAGCCACCAAGAUGCUCGGCAAGACACCUGCUCCACAGAGCCCCUGUGAAAGUACCUUUUGUGCAGCCACCAGACCAGAUCUCAGCCACAAAGCAAAACUCAGUGGUGGGGCAGCAAAGAGAAGAGUAAGAAAACGAAAAGUACCAGAUGAAAUUUUGGCAUUUCAGGGAAAAAGGAGGAAAUGUGUCAUUAGUAAGUGUAAAGAUAGUAAAGAAAGAGUAAAAGCCGAUCCGCAAGAAUCCAGUGACCAAAAACCAGGGUCUCUGAAGAAAUACCGCAGCAUUAUGCCCAAGCCUGUGAUUGUCGUGUCUGCUUUGGCUCCCCUGGCUUCUCCUGCAGGCGUGUUCCAGCCCCAGACACCAGGCAGCCUCGGGCAGGACAUGUUGUUAAACAGUCCCCUCAGCCCUAAGUAUCCCGGCUGUAGGCAGGAUAGCGGCACCUCCCCAAAGCCCGGCUCUGCGCUGAGAAACGGACUCUCGGGCAUUAAGAAACCGUGGCACAGGUGUCACGUCUGUAACCACCACUUCCAGUUCAAACAGCACCUUCGUGACCACAUGAACACACACACUAACAGACGGCCUUACAGCUGCCGAGUCUGCCGCAAGGCCUAUGUACGUCCCGGCAGCCUGAGCGCUCACAUGAAACUCCAUCACGCGGAGAACCGUCUGAAGAAACUCGUGUGCUGUGAGUUUUGUGCGAAAGUGUUUGGCCACGUCAGGGUCUACUUCGGCCACCUAAAAGAAGUGCACCGGGUUGUCAUCAGCACGGAGCCUUCCCCCGGCGAAAGGCAGCCGGGGGACAUGUCAAAGAACAGAGGCCUGACCACGCGAGGGCCGGAGGGACCCGUGGAGAGGGAAAACAAGUCAAGCCUAGAAGAAGACCUCCUUCUAACCCAGGCGGAUGAAGUCAAAUUACAAAUCAAAUGUGGCCGUUGUCAGAUCACUGCCCAGUCUUUUGCUGAAAUCAAGUUUCAUUUACUUUACGUUCACGGAGAGGAAAUUCAGGGCCGGCUGCAAGAGGAGAUCUUACCGGGAAGCACAGGAGCUCAGGAAGAACUGGUGAAACACACCGCUCCUUUCAGGAAACAACAUCCUGAGAGAAGGAGGCUACUCAAGCGUGCUCCCCCUGAUGAGGACUUAAAUGCAUUUCCUAAGCUGAAAAGGCAGCUGUGCCUUCAUCAUCACACUGAUGUGGACAGGUUCAGGAAAAUGGAGGGAGCCCAAGCGGGACCCAGGGAGCCGCUGCCAGGGGCGGUCCCCCGGGGCUCUGUGAGUCCCAGCCCCCACACCCUCCUCUUUGGGGACCGUUCAGGCUUUAACUGUGUCCUCUGUGCACAGACGCUGGCCAGGAAGGAAGAAGUCCUCCAGCACUGGGAACAAGAGCACAACUGUGAGGACCCUCCCAAGCUGUGGACGAUUUUAAAUGCAUUCUCUAGCCAGGGGGUGACCGGACCUCCCGGGGAGACUGAGAAAUGAAAUCUUGGGGGUGGGGGUAAAGAGAAUGCUGCUUGCUUGCUCUCUCUUUCUCUCAAAGCCCUGCAUUUUUAUGGUGGUGCUUAAUUAUAAAAGUCAGACAAAUUAGGAUCAGCAUUAAUGAGCACAAGUGAUUUUUGUACAUAGUUUUAUUUUCUUACAAAA